AUGGCAAAACAGAAAACUCUAAUAAAUAAUCCAAUUUUUUUGGGCCCGUUACCCCCGGAGGUAACGCAAGGCAUCACAGUUCCGGAAUCAUGUCCAGAAUCCAUCGCCACCUACAACCUCACGGAACCACUGCUGGAAAUAUUCAAAGAGGAGCCCCAGCUGGAAAUUUUUGAGGAAGAACCCAUCCUGGACUUCUCGAUUGACGUGCUCGAACCCCUAAACGAAGUCAUACUCGAACCAAAGCUGGAAGCUUCCAUUCCUCACGACACCGAUCCCUUUCUGGAAGUGGGCCUCUUUUGCUCCCUCUGUCUACGACCGUGCACUUCUAACCAAGUGGUCGAUUUCUCCGCCAAACCCAGUGGACGGGACAAGUUGGCGCUACUUUUGGGCGUGGAAAUUGAGCGGCAGAGUGUCAUUUGCCGGUCCUGUUGGACCAUGGUGGAAACGUUUGUGGACUUCCGGGAGGGAUGUCUGAAGGCGGCUGUUUGGAGGUCGCGAUUUGCGUUUGGAUUGGAAGGGAUUGGGGAUGAUUGGCUGUCCAAGGAGAACUUGGAGGUGAUGGCGAGGACACGGAAGGUGGUUCAGGGUCAUGUGGAACGCAUUGAAAUGGCAGAGGUUGAGGCGCGAAACAGGCAGAAUUCGGGUGCGAAUGAGUUGCCGGAGGAGAAGCCAACGCUGGAAAAUGAAAAGUAUUGGUUUGAGGACGCGAGCUAUCCAGAUUCACCGGAGGGACCGCCUAAGAAAGAUUCAACCAGCGAGACCAAUGAGUGGCAACUUGCUGUGAAACUGCACACGUGUUCCGUCUGUUCGGCCAAUUUCACGAACUCGUACCAUUUGCGAGAACAUCGUAACAAACAUCUGGGCAUCAAACCCUACGAGUGCCGUAAGGGAAAUUGCAACAAACGCUUCCAUGUUUACAAUCAACGAGCUAAACACGAAAGAAAAUGCAAGGGAAAAAAGUCGUUGAAUGCAAGUGUUGAUCGGGAAUCAUCAGCUGCCGUGGAAAUAAUACUGAAAGUUUACCCGUGCAGUAAAUGCCCGAGGAAAUUCGACACCAAAGCCGGGUUCGUGACGCAUAACCAAAAGUGCAAAGGACCUGUUGAGAGCCCUCCGCUUAGCCGCUGCUCAAUCUGCUCGAUGGAGUUUCGCUUUCCCAACAAACUUGAAGCGCACAUGAACAAGCACAAUGGAAUCAAACCGUUCAAAUGCCGCAAUGAAAGCUGCGACAAGCAUUUCUACGGAAAAGUUGAACUAAAGCGACAUGCGGAGUUUUGUGGCAAGGACAAACCGAUUUGUCCGCUGUGCGGACUCCAGCUGUCCUCGAGGGGAGGGCUGUACGCGCACUUGAAAAUCCACGCCGAAGAGCCCGUCGCCGAGUGCGACACGUGCGGGAAAAAGUUCAAGUCUAAAAAGAGCCUCACGCGGCACCAGCUGGUCCAUUCGGACGAGCGGAACUAUCCGUGCGGCGAAUGCGGGAAGGCGCUCAAGUCGGCGAAUGCACUGACCGUGCAUCUGCGGAUUCACACGAAGGAGAAGCCGUUUGGUUGUGUCAUUUGCGGGCAGGCUUUCGCGUACAAAUGUUUGGUGAAGCCGCACAUGAAGAAGUGCCACGCGGGAGAGGCUUUCCAGCAAUGCAACUUCGAACCAGACGCCACCAAAGACCCAGCACCGGAGCUGCAACAGGUGAUCAAAACGGAAUCAAUCGAAAUAUUCCACGAACUACUUCCCCCGGAAGAACUACCCGCUGAAACACCCGAAACCCCAUUCUGCUGCCUCUGCCUCCGAAUCUAUCAUCCGGCCAAGUUUGUCCAGUUCUCGCCCCAGCAGUCGUGGAACUGCCUGGACGUUUUCCAAGUCCAGGAGCAGCUGACUAGUGUGCUGGGCCUUCAAAUCGACCUUAGCGAACAAGACGCCCUUUGCCGAUCCUGCUGGGCCCUCACGGAACUGUUGGCCAACUUUCGGACGUGCUGCAGGAAGGCCGCAGAAUGGCGCGAGCGGUUCAGCACGGGGAUUGUGCCGAAGGAAACGUCCAGGGAAGGUUGGCUCAAGAGGACUGCGGUGGACGUUGUGGCGAAAACGAGGAUGAUUAUUGUGGACCACGUGGAGAGGAUUGAGCAGGCAGAAAUUGAGGCGCGGAAUGAGGCCGAGCAGAUUGUUGGACCGGAUGAGGAUUCGUUUCAAGAUGGUCUGGAAAGCGUGGUUGAUCAAUUGGAUGCAACGGAAGAUAACAAAUCCAAUAUGGUUGAACAAAGCGUUGAAAUGGUCGAAGAAAUUCGGGAAAUCGAAGUCCAUUCAUGUCCAAACUGCGAGCAAAAGUUUGAAGGCAAAAAUGGUAUCAAACCGUACAAGUGCCGCAGGGAAAAUUGCAAUCACCAUUCCUACACCGUUAAGGAGCGGAUCCAUCACGAAAAAAUAUGUGGCAAAGAUAAGCCAAUCUGUCCGGAGUGUGGCCUUCAGUUGGCCUCACCGGACACCUUGAAAGCCCACAUGGGAACCCACCGAGCGGCGAACAAUCCCUGUGAUAUCUGCGGCAAGCUGUUCAAGUCAAAAAUAACACUCAAAAAGCACCGCUUGAUCCACGCCGAAGAUCGUGUUUAUUUCCCCUGCAGUGUGUGUAAAAAGUCGCUGAAAUCGACGGCAGCACUGCGGGUUCACAUGCGCAUUCACACGCAGGAAAAGCCCCACGCUUGCCACAUCUGCGGCCAGGGAUUCGCGUACAAGUGCUUGGUUAAGCCGCACAUCAAGAGGCGGUCAAUUGCCAAAUCCCGGAAGCGGAACAAGGCGACAAAAGCCGCGAGAGCAGCUUACGCAAGAAGAAUACUACAGAAGAAACAGGCCGGCGAUCGUUUUCCAUUUCAACGUCAUGCCGGACCAACCCUUCCGGAAACCGCCACCGUCCACAUCCUUACGGAACCGCUGCUGGAAAUAUUCAAAGAGGAACCCCAGUUGGAAGUAGUAGAAUCCUUGCCGGAAAUGUGCACCAAUCCUACCGGAUCCGAUUCCAUCCCGAAGGUGCCCCUCUUUUGUGCCCUCUGUUUACGCCCGUGCACUUCCGACCAGUUGGUCGAAUUCUCCACUGAACCCAGUGGACGGGAAAAGUUGGCGCUACUCUCGGGCGUGGAUAUUGAGCUUGAGCAGUGUGCCAUUUGUCGCUCCUGCUGGAAUAUGGUGGAAACGUUUGCGGACUUCCGGGAGGGUUGUCUGAAGGCGUCCGCGUGGAGGGAGCGAUUUCCGUUUGGGUUGGACGGAGCUGGGGACGAUUGGUUGUCCAAGGAGAACUUGGAGGUGAUGACGAGGACGAGGAGCGUGGUUCAGGAGCACGUGGCACGCAUUGAAAAUGCUCGAAACAGGCAUGAGUUGAUUUCCGAGGAGAUACCGGAGGAAAAGCCAAUGCUGGCAGAUAAUCAGCAUUCGGAAGAGGAUGUUAACUAUCUGCUUUUAUCGGAGGAAUCACCCAACGAUAACUCCUCUACAAGGACCGCACAAAUUCUGGAUCAAACAGGAAAUACAUCAUUCAGCUGUGAAAAGUGCCAGCGAAUGUUUGAAACCAAAUUGGGCGUAGCGCUCCACUUGCGCCGUUGUACAAAAUCGUCCAAAACGAAGCAGAAACUCUACACGUGCUCCAUCUGUUCGGUGAAUUUCUCGAAAUCGUACAGGUUACGAGAACACCGGAAUAAACACAUGGGCAUCAAACCAUACGAGUGCCGUAGUAAAAACUGCAACAAACGCUUCCAUGCAACCCAUGAACGAUGCAAUCACGAAAGAAAGUGCGAAGGAAUAAAGUCGUUAGGUUUAGGUAACCAUACCAUCAAGUGCGAUGAACCUGGUAUAAAACCGUUCAAAUGCAAAAAUGAAGGCUGCGCCAGGCACUUUUACGGCAAUUCCGAACUGCAGCGACACGCCGCGAAUUGCAGUAAGCGGGACAAACCCGUUUGCCCCCUCUGCGGGAUUCAGCUGGCCUCAACGAAAACACUCAAGGCUCACAUGAAAAUCCACGAAAAGCGAAACUACACGUGCAACGAUUGCGACAAGGCGUUCAGUUCGGCGCACUUGUUGAACGUGCACCGGCAGCAGAUUCACACGCAGGAAAAGGGGUUUAUUUCGUUUAUUUGUGCCUUUUGCGGGCAAGAAUUCGAGUACAGUUUGCUCGUUCAGCACAUGGAAAAGUUUCACGCCGGGCAGGAUUGAUGGGAUGGUUGUUUCGAUGAAUGUGGGAAUACAUUUACUUUACUCAUGGUUUGUCCAUAUUUCUCCGCGUCUGCAUAGAAUUUGAAGCUUUUUUAAAUACUUUUACGGAGAAAAAUCAAGAUUUCA